AAUAGCAUUAUUUUGUGACUUGUCUCUAACAAAAGAUGAGACUGGUCUUUAGUUUUUACUCUGUGAUAUGGUUUUUACUCUGUGAUCCGGUUUUCUGACCCACUGUUGUUUACUCCAAAAAAGAAACAUGCUCAGACCACGGUUUUUCCCUUCAGAUGAACGAGCUGUACGAGAAAGUGAAAGAAAAGCUGCUAAACUGCAUUUUAGUCAGCUGGGCAACAGUGAAAAUUUUCGUUUAGAGGUGGAAAAAAGCUCUAGGGAGAAGACAAUGAAAAACUGUGGGACAGAUGAGAGCUCUGCUUCAAAAGUCAAAGCUGAUGUUGAUAACAGGAUUGAAACUGAUUCAAAGAAAGGACUUUUUAUUCCCUUCCCCAACCGGGAAAUAAAGGAUUCCCUAAUGAGUACUGCAACACAGGGCAGCAGUAUACCAGAUCAAAAAUUAGACACUUUCCCACUGGGGACACAGAUGCAGGAAGUGACAAAGAAGGAGAUGCCAGGUGACAGUCACCGCAAGGAUGAAUUCAGACACUACUUGCCACGGCAGUCCACAGUCCAAUCCCCAGAGAAGAUGGCUAGAGAAGGGUACCAAAUAUCUGUUUUGGACAAUAAGUCUUCAGGUUCUUCUCCAGAAAAGGACUUGAUACCAAAACCUGAUACUUACCAGCUCACCCAUGAUGCCUCAUUGGGUAAACUCCUGGAUGUGGGUGAUUCCAGCCAGAUUCAUCCUUAUCAGUUGCCUUCAGAUGAUGGACUAGAAAAUCAUGAUGGUCACCAUUGUCAAAAUCUUUCCCUGCAUGGAUGUCUUGGUAAAAGGCCUCAGAGAAACAAGAACUACCAAGAAUAUGGCAUAAAGCCUUCAAAUGACAUCAAGGGCAUCACGUCCCAUUCUUGUGGAGACUUACUGACUUCUCUGUCAAACCCUGACUCUAGCACUCGGAGGCUUUUGAAGCUUAGUUCAGAUCUGUAUGCGACAACCCAUUUCAACAGUGACCCUGCUCUGCUGUUCAAUGUAGAGCAACAAUUAUCUACCAGCGUCAGUGAUUUAGCACCAGUACACGGUUCAUUCCCAAACAACUCCAUCCUGGGAGACUCUCUUCGAACACUGCUGUUGCCUACUGGGACUUCAGAAAACAGAGAACGUUUGACCAAGAGGUCUCUAAGCCCAUCAAGGAGAGAAUUCAAGCAGAAGGACAAUAUCCUUGCCACCCUGAUUCCAAAGCAUGGUUUCAGAGAUGCUACAGGCAGUGAGUCUCUCUCUAGUGACCUGGGCAGUUUUCAUGGUUUGCCAGGAAACCAUAGUCCCCCAAUCUCUGCUAGAACCUCCCAUGUGGCCACUGUCCUCAGACAGCUCCUGGAGCUUGUGGAUAAGCACUGGAAUGGCUCUGGCUCCCUCCUCCUUAACAAGAAGUUCCUUGGUCCUGCUCGAGAUUUGCUUCUGACCUUGGUGGUCCCUGCUCCUUCUCAGCGGUGGUGUCGCUCACAUCCUGAAGACACACCAAAAGCCUUCUGUAGGAGGGAGAUGGAACUGAAGGAGGCUGGGCAGGUGGUCCCUAGCGACAUGGAAAGUUUGAAGCAAAAACUGGUCAGAGUACUGGAGGAAAACCUCAUUUUGUCAGAAAAAAUCCAGCAUUUGGAGGAAGAUGCUGCCACUUCUGUUGUGAGUGGGCACCAGUCGCACACUUAUGAUGAUCUUCUGUGCAAAAACCAACAGCUGAACAUGCAGGUGGCUUGCCUAAACCAGGAGCUUGCCCAGCUGAAAAAGCUGGAGGAGACAGUGACCCUCCUUCAUGAAAGUCAGAGAUCCCUGGUGAUAACUAAUGAGUAUCUGCUGCAGCAGCUGAAUAAAGAGCAAAAAGGUUAUUCCAGGAAAGCACUCCUGCCUCCUGAAAAGAGUCAUCGUUUGGAGAGAUCAUCACCCUUUGGGAAAAGCAUGCUGUCUUCCUCCUCACCAGUGGCACAUGACAUGGGUCAGUAUGUAAUACAGAGUGUCUCAGAUGUUCCAGAGCCUAGUUUAUGGAGCUAGCUAGCACUAAACCCCUCCCUGCAGCUCACCUCUCGACCCUAGGGGACUCUGUCAUUGCCACCGGUAAGGUGGUAUUUACCUACAAGAUUAAGAAAAAAUCUUAUUACAUUAUAUUGGUCCUUCCUUUUAUUUAUUUUUAUCUCCUCCCAUCAAGUCAUUCUUUCUGCCCACAGAAAUAGUGGGCACUUAGUCCUAGGCAUUGUAUUACAUGGAAACAUUUGGCUGAAAAUGUCAAAAAGGAAAAACUACUCAACAUUUUUCCCAAGUAUUGCUUGAACCUGUGUGGUUAAAAAAGGAGGUUAAAAAAGAAUAUCCAUGGCCAGGUAUGUUUGUGUUAGAAGAAACUUAAGAGAAUCCAUAUUGAUUCAUUCAUCAAACAUCUUUUGGGUUUCCUCCCACCGUAGUAUAAAAGUGAUAUCUGGUGACUGCGCCAGGCAACAGUUUAGCCAGGGAGAAAUGCAAAAUGUCAUGUGAUAGAGCUCAAAGCUUGGUAUUGGUACCAAACAGAUCAGAAUAAAAGCCUAAAGGUGCCCUGGAAAGAGAGAGAGUAGGUAUUUCUUUCUCUGGGGAAUUGGAGAAGGUGCCAGUGAGAACAUGUUUGAGUGGAAGCUUGCAGAAUGAAGACAAUGGUAGCAGGUAGUGGAGGUGCAGAGCCUCCCAGGCCAAGAGCGCAGAGUAGAAGAUUCUGGAGAUCCCAGAGAGAUCGAAGGGCAGGGAAGAUAUUAGGUCAUGGUACCAUGAGAGUAUAUAACUGGGGGACCUGUUAUAACCUGGGGGUGUAGUGUCAGGAAAAUAUCCCCUAAAGAAAAGAUCUUUCAGCUGAGACCUGAAGAAUGAAUAGGAGGUCACCAGGCAAAGCAAAAAGCCAUGAAAUGGGAAGGAACAUGGUUCAUUUAGGGAACUGAGGAGCUGAGAGGAGAUAAAUAGGAGCUAAGUUAUACGGCUCCUUGAAGACUUUAGGUUGGGAAGGCAAAGGAGUGGCAGAGUUGUGUUUGAAAAGCUUUCUCUAUAAGAAUGGUUUGAUGGCCUAGGGAGGACCAGAGAGGAGCUGGAGGGAUGAGAGAGAAGGCUCUUGCAGUGCAGAACAGAGAUGUGGUUUCUGAAUCUUAGCUUUGGGCUCAGCAUCGGCUUUACAUAUGAGUACCCUGUGUUUCAGGAGAAGACACAAUCUCUCUUUUAAUCCUGAUGGAUUAUUUGAAAAUCUAUGGGAAAAGAUAAUAAAAGUGGCUCUGUAUAUAUUUCUGCUUCAGGGUUGCCACAGAGUGUGUAAAGGGCAAAGGACUGUCAAACUAAUGCCAUGUUUCAUCUUCAGGGUCAUGUCAGAGAGAGAGGCCAGGUGGAAAGAUUAGACACAUAUUUGCUCCCCUGACCCAGGUGCUGUGUAGGGAAGGACAGCUAUUGCCAUAAUAGUAAGACAUGAAGAUCACAUCUAAGAUCACACAUUUCUAAGUUAUAAAUAAAAUCCACAGACCUCUGGAUUUUAUGUGGGUUCCCAAAAGGAGCAUAUACAAAAGAUCCAUGUUUCUUUGAGCUGCAUGUCUCUCUGAAGGAGCUAGAGAGUGAGCUCAUGCUCUCUGGAAAUGUCAGUAAGAACAGCAGUUGCCCACCCCCUGCCAAUUUCCUGGGCUUGUCUUGGCCCCAUUGAGGGUCUAAGCCCUGCCCAGGGAGGGUAGCCUUGGCCAGUAUACUUGCAGCCCCGAAUUGUCAUAUUUCAGGGUCCCAGCCCAGGGUACAGGCCAACUUACUGGACAAGAGGGGAAAAUAACGUUAUUUGUUCCUACAACACCUCCCCGCCACUUCCUUCUCCUAUGAAUAUCUGAUAAUGCCAGCCCUACAACCUAUUCAGGGUACCUGUAAGGAUGAGCAAGAAGCCUGACCCAGACUAGUCACCUUCCACCCCAUUUUCUAUUAUCACUGAAAAGUGGCUAGCCCUACCCUAGGCCAGAACCUCUCUAGGGUUGCUAGCCACUCCUGGGAAAGUUGGCUGUGUUUCUGGUUUUUCCUGGGUAGCCCUUGGUCCAGAGGACAGGUGUAGGGAUUUGUGGAGUCAAGAGAAAGACCAAAGAGUUGUUACCCUGUGGGGCUAAGUGGGCUCAACAUGGAUGCUAGGGCCCAUGAAACAAGUAGAAAGUAAGUGGAGAAGAAUUUGUUACCCUAGACCUGGCACUAUUGGGAGAAAGAAGGAAACAGGGCUGGGAUGGAAACUGGGUCCUCAGGGAUGUUCUGCGCCCAAAAGGAGAGGCAGGGCCACUCUGACAGGUUUGGCCUUCCCACCAGCUAUACACAGAGGGUUUUAACGGCUCCAUUCCACAGAUCCUAACCUCUCAUCUUACCCACCUGGCUUUGCUAGCAAGAGUACCCAAAGCUUUCCACCACCAGGAGGCUGUGGGGGAUGAAGUGAUAACUGAAGGGCUUAAGUGGUGUUGUUGGUCCAUUGCUGCCAUGUACCAAAUCCUGCUAGACCCAUCAGUCUUUAAGAAUCUUCCUGACUCUGGGCUGGCCUUGAUUUCCCUCAGUCUGUACUUUUCAAGAAGAAGGAGCGCUUUAUUCUUACAAUGUGGAGUUUUGGGACUCAGCCAAUUCUCUCUCUGGGCUCCUUUAACACUACAUAGCCAGUCCUGGAGGGGCUGAGCUGCUGCUGUCCUAUACACUGGAUGGUACUCUCAC